UAAUUGAAAACUUAAUAUUCUUGUAUCAGUUUAGCCUCCCUAAGGUUUAAAUUAUAUUCUCGUAUUCGAUUAUUUUAUAUAUUAGUGUAUAAAUCCAUACGAAUUCUGAGAAAUAUUUUCUAUAAAGGAUUAAGUUGUUACGAUUAUUACGAUAUUCUGCAUUAUUUAUCGCAAUAAAAGCAGUUAUUUUUUCAGGGUGUUUAUAUGAUAUGAAUGCAUGCAGUGAAGGGGAUUACCGCGUAAAUUAUCUGAAUGAUGUUUUUUAAACAACGAAUCUCCUCAAUGACAAUAAUGACACGAGACGAAAAAAUUGAUAUCAUUAUUGAAUCGUGACAGUAUCUGGUACUUUGAUAACUUUGUGCCAUAUAUGAUUGAAAUCAUCAAGUUUUGAACAUUUGCGAUCAUUAGGUGGUUUUCUUUUCGUUAUUGUCCGUGUCACGAGGUUUUUGCGCAACUUAAUUUUCGUAGGAUUUAUCUUGGAAGUUAAAAUGGAGAACAGGAAAAGUAAAAAACGUACAAGUAAAAAGAAUAAUAUGUUUGAUAACUGGGCGAAUGAUGGCCAAUAUGCACAAAGCAAUAACGCAAUGUCGAACAUGGAAUACCCACAAGUUUUGUGGCAACCAGGAAUUCAAUCUCACAUUCCAAAUCACAAUGGACAACGUUUAUUUGCAGCAAUGUCAGAUCCUAGUGUUUGCGGUUAUUCACCAAUGCCAAUGACAUAUACAAUGGAACCCGUAUCACUUCCAACUAUGUAUAGAUUAUAUCAACCAAUGCCUUACGGUGUCCAUAAUGUUCAUGGCAGAUUGAAGCAAAAGUUUUAUCCCAAACCUCCAGUUAUUCCAAAUGGAUAUACUAGUCUGCAAGAGAAUAAAACGAAUUCUACGGUAUUGUCGUCUUAUCAGAAUGGAGAUUAUGCUAGUUUACCACCAGUAGCUAAUAAAAGUAAUGGAAUUAAUGAAGAUGAGAUAAGCUCAGAACAUAGAAGAUAUUCAGAUCCAGGUUUAGGACCUACAGAACCUCCUGUUCAUAAUCAAGGCGACGAUUCGGAUAGUGCUGAUAGUGGUAGCUCUAUUACAACUAUUGGUCGGAGCAACAAAUUGGUUUUAUCUCUUAUUGAACAGAUGGCAGAAUUGAAAAAAAGUAAUGGUCAACUUUUCAAAGAACUUAGCGAGGCUAAAUUCGAAUUAGAGACAAUGAAAUUAAAAUUUUCACAAUAUAAACAUAGUUCUGAUUAUCAACCAGGAAUGUUAUCAGAUCUUAUUCGCGAGAUCAGGGAAGCGAACAAAAUGUGCGAAGAAGGAUUAGUGAUAAAAGUACAAUCUAUGGUGGAAGAAAAACAUAAUCAAAGAUUAACAGAAAUAGAUACAUUAAAGGGCCAAAUGUCGAAGCUCAUAAAGGAGAAGGAGGAAACCGAACGACGAGUGUCCAAGUUAGAGAAAGAAGUAGCUGCAUUGAAGUCGAGCGUAAACAACGAGGGUCGAGAGAUAGCAGCUUUCGAGGAGGAAACUUUGGCCUUGCGACGGGAACUACAGGAGGCACUGGCUACUCGGAACCUGGCCGAUGGGACGAAGCACGGGACAAAACUGGAGAAGCUGAUGGACGGUCUACGAAAAAAGGCGAAGGUCACCAUAAACGACGACGGCGACGAAGAGGAACGUGUUUCCUCUUCUGCCAAUCGCCGUUCUACCUGUCCUUCGUUCGACGUCGCUUCUUUGGGAAAACGAUGUCGUCCAUCGAAAAAAGCUUCCCCGUCUUCGUCUUCGUCGUCGUCGUCGGCAUCGUCAUCGUCGUCGUCCUCGGCAUCUGCAUCGUCGAGACUCGAGAACGAACCUGAGACCGAAGAGGAUGAGGAGAUCGAUCUAGACAACGACGAGGAUGUCACGUCGAAGAGCCAAAAGGAUAUUACGAAUCGUUCAGAUUCUAAGCUAACGACUAUACAUGACAAUUGUAUGAAUCUUUCAGGACCCGUUACUGAUCUUUAAAAAAAAGAAAAAAAUCUUCGAUAUCCUUAUAUUAUUAUUCCUCGUCCCCUUUAUUAUGAUUCAUUUAUCGAUCAGAUAUUAAUAUCUCUAUCUAUCUCUCCCCCCUCUCUCUCUCUCUCACUCUAUCUCUAUCUUUUUCUCUUUCUCGACGCAUGAUUAGAUAUUAAGAAUAAUUUAUUAUUUUCCUCCUUCCCUCAUUUCCCCCUUCCCUUUGUGUUCGCAUAAAGCCUUGUAAUUUUUUCUUUUUUCUUUUUUCUUUUUUUUUUUUUAUACUCGUAAUACCGUACAGCGUGAUACCGUGAACACCUUCGAGUACUUAAAAUAAACGAUCGUUCCAAAUUUUUAUGGAAUCUAAAAAAAGAAAAAAAGAAAAAGACAAAAAAAGAAACGGUCGGAUCGACAAGGACGAGAGGUUUUGCUUUUUUUUUUUUAUCUCUUCCCCUUUUUGUUCAUACGCGAAGAGUUUCACUAUAUACAUAUUUGUUGUGGAAUAUGAUUUAUUUGAUUGCAAAGUCGGUGGUUUUCUGUGAUUUAAGAUCUUCUUUUAUUUUUAUAUAUAGAUAUACUCUUGUGUUUAUAAGUGAAAGCAAAUUAUUUGAAGAUUGGAGAUCUGAAAUGAUUAAUUACGCUCAACAUUUUUUUCGAUCUAAUUACUGCCAUUAUUUUUUCUCUUUUUUUCCUUCCUUAUUUUUUUUUUUUUUUUUUUUUUUUUUUUUUUUGAAAAAAAUAGUUAUGUGAUCUCUUCGUCGGAUUCAAAUUUAUUACAUCCAUGACAUUUUUCUUUAAACAAUAUAUAGUAAUGAAGUAGUAAUUCUCCGUUGAUUAAUUAGUAAUGUUUAUAUCACAAUGUAAGAAAAUAUUUAUGUUAAUAGGAACGAAAAAUUGAGAGAGAAUUGUUUUAGAUGAAGGAAAUAUCAUAUUCUUGCAUGAUAAUCAUUGAAUAGAUCAUUAUAUUUUCGUAUCUUCAUAUAGAAUAUAUUAAUAAGAUAAAUUGUAUAUAAUUAAGUAACAUAUAGAAAUGUAUUUUAACCGAAUGAUCUUACUAUUAUUGUCAAGUGAAUAGUGGUGUUAUCAUUUUAUUUGCUUUGCACUUUCACGUUUUUUAACGUUCAAUUUAAUCUUAAUCAUUUAAUCGAGAAUCUAAAAAAUUAAAAAAAAAAACAAAAAAAGAUUGCAAUUAUUACUUAUCUUUAUUCGUCUUGAUUCCAAUUGAAUAUUUCUGAAAACAAUUUAAAAGUAAGAAAUCACGCGAGCAGAAUAUCAAAGCAAUUGUUUUGUCCUAAGAUUUAGUAAUAAAUAAUAUUAAUAUACGAUAAGAAAUAAUAUACUUAUUUUAGAAGUUGUAAAGUUUUAUAACGACGAUCAUUAUUUUAUAUGAAUUAUAAAAAAUGAUCAAAAAUCAAAUUAGUUUUAAAUACGCGAGAAUUCACAAUUGCCUUAUCGCAUAAUGUUUGCAGCAAUAACGUUAAGAUGAUUAUUGUAAAAACACGAUCUCGCGAUAAAAUAGUGAUGUAUUGUUUUUAUUAGAAUUAACCAAAGAUUGGGAUUUUUCUUAUCUUUACCUUUAUUUUAUUUUAUUUUAUUUUUUCUCAUGUAAAGUUUUAUCGUAGAAGGAAGUAAAUACGAUGAAAAUAGUUAACCAAUGUACUAAUGAAACUUCUACUAACGAUAGAUAAUGUUUGUAUGUAGUAUAUAAAAGUAAACUACAUACCUCGUUAUAUAAUCGAGAUCUUCAAUAAAUAAUUAAAUAAACCUUUGCAAGAUAACGCCGUAAAUACAUACGUACCGUUUCCUGUGCUAUGAAAUCUCAAGUUAAUGUGUAUUUUCAUUACAUUUUUUAUAGACUUUGUAGUACUUCUGAUUAAACUGUGUCAUCACAUAAUUGCAUGUAUAUAAACAUUUAAUCUCUUUGUAAUAA